CCUCCUCUUAACACACUCACUAUAUAUACUUCCACAACUUGCAUGCAAUUCAUUCCUCACCAAAUACGCUUCUCUCUUUUCCUUUCAAAUUAAGUUGCUUGCUAUUCACACCAACCAAAAAAACUCAUUAUUACCGAAACAUAUCACUAGUUUGUUGAAAUAUGGCAAAUAAAAUACUUAUUGGUUUUCUACUUAUAGCCUUUUUGGGUGUAGCUUAUGCUGGUAGUAAUUUCAAUCAAUAUUUUGAUAUAACAUGGGGUGAUGGUCGUGGCAAAAUCCUUAACAAUGGACAACUUCUUACUCUGUCUUUAGACAAAGCCUCUGGCUCUGGAUUUCGUUCCAAAAAUCAAUACUUGUUUGGAAAAAUUGACAUGCAACUUAAGCUUGUACCUGGUAACUCUGCUGGAACAGUUACAACAUAUUAUCUAUCUUCUCUUGGUGGUGCUCAUGAUGAAAUAGAUUUUGAAUUUUUGGGUAACUUAAGUGGUGAUCCUUAUAUUGUUCAUACAAAUAUUUAUGCACAAGGGAAAGGGAACAAAGAACAGCAAUUCUAUUUAUGGUUCGACCCUACCAAGGACUUUCACACUUAUUCCAUUCUUUGGAACCCUCAAAGUAUCAUAUUUUCUGUGGAUGGGACCCCUCUAAGAGAAUUCAAGAAUUUUGAGUCAAAAGGUAUUCCUUUUCCUAGAAGCCAAGCAAUGAGUAUAUACUCAAGCCUUUGGGAUGCAGAUAAUUGGGCAACAAGAGGAGGCCUGGUGAAAACAGAUUGGGCCCAAGCCCCAUUCACUGCUUCAUAUGGAAACUUCAAUAUCCAAGCUUGUGUUUGGACUUCUUCAGGCUCUUCUUGCUCUUCCAAAAAUCCAACUUCAGAUCAAUCAUGGAUGAAACAAUCAUUGGAUUCUUCAGGACAAGCUAGGAUUCAAUGGGUGCAAAAGAAUUACAUGAUUUAUAAUUAUUGCACUGAUACAAAGCGGUUUCCUCAAGGCCUCCCUCAUGAAUGCUCACUUGCAUGAAAACAAAAACUAUAUAUGAUCAUAUAUCAUGGAAAAAUAUAACUAGGAUAUAUAAUAUACUCAGUUUAUAUAUAUUUUAUAGUAUGUUUUACUAUGCAUUCUAUUGGCUGUAAAGUAGUAUGUAAAUGAGAUUCAUAUGUUAUUUUGGGUACUAAUAAAAAAGGAUUAUCCACUUA